CCGAUUAAGCUAGAACUAGCUCAAAAACCCCGAUAUACUUUUUUUUAUCUCACCUCGCUAUCACCUACCCUUGUAAACCCCCAACCAUCAGAGAAGAAAAAUCAACAUACCUAGUUGUCAACUUUGACAAUUUUGGUUUCCCGAGAAACGCUCCUCCUUUUACCUAUUUCCAAUCACUGUUCCGCCCAUAGCUCUCUUCUCUCUAUUGAUUGAGAGUUCUUGACACGAUCCUACGCGCUUACACCACCCUCCAUCUCUCACUGCAUAUCGCGAAGCCUUCUCCCCCGCCAGUGGUGAGCAACCAAAAACGGAACCUAACAUGUCGAAUCAAUUCAUUGGGCUUACUAUGCUGGUGACUCUGAGUUCUCCACCUGGUGCGCAGUUGCGAGGCAUUGUCAGUAGCAUUGAACCUGGUAAAAGCCUGACUUUACGAGAAGGUUAGUGCUCACGUAACGUUGGCAAACACAUCCGUUGCUUUCGCUAAUACAAAGCGUCUUCCACAGUUACCUGUCCAUCGAAUGGUAAAUACGUCCCGGAGUUUACAAUUAACGCUGCGGAAAUUACAGAAUUGAUUGAGGCUCGGAAUGAAAAUGUAAAGCCACCUCUUUCGGUAAUACAACAGAAGCCAGCGGUUGUACCUGCAUCGGCAGCGAAGAAAUUUGAAGAUCCGGCAAUUCUGAGCAUGGGAAGGAGAUCUGUAUUGGACACUUCUCCUGCAGCACCGGUUCAGUCGCAGUCUCAAUGGAAGAGUACAACGAUGGAACGCGGUGAUUCGGCGCGAACUGCUGUGAGUCGUGAGGAGAGGCUCAAAGAACAGAAUACCUCAUCUAUCUUACCCGGCAGUAUGACGAGCUUGGAAGUUCAUGAUCAGGAAGGGCGUGAAGAGGUAGAGAUCCUGGAAGAACUCGACACAGAACUAGCCGAUUUGUCAGUGGAACCAACUUUAGCCAAAUCAGGACGACGACCUCGUAAGCGAAACAAUCGAGGCAAAAAGUCUGUAGAACGUGCUUUUCAAGAACCAAAUGUUGUCCCGGCUAAAGAGACCACCCGAUCAAAAGGUUGGCGACAGACCCCGUUGCUAGAACCGGUUACUUCAUUUCAGCCAUUUGCGACCUUGAAAAAGUCUCAGAGAAGGGGCAACAGGAAUAUGGAAGAGAGUGGAUGGGCUACCGAAGAAGCAACCGAUGUGCAAGAGAUGGGAGAUUUUGAUUUUGCUAGUAGUUUAGCAAAAUUUGACAAAAAGACUGUUUUCAACCAAAUCCAGGCAGAGGAUGGUAUCGCAGAGUCAGAUCGUCUGGUUGGACACAAUCGCUUACCGAAAGCAAAGCCAGGAACGUAUGGAGGAAAGAACCUUCAUCCUAGUGAGAAUGUCCUUGAUACACCAAACGGUGCCACAAAGGCUUCAGAAACCUGGAAGAGCGACGCGGAUGACACAGAUAUUCAAGAAAAAAGCAGUCAAAGAGGUUCUGGAAGUGGUAGAAACUCCCGUACACGAAGGCCUGAGAGUAAAAUAGGCAACCACCACAGACCGAUCUCACGGAAAGGAAGUACUGUCCCAAGCUCCCAGCCAUCACGAAAUAUCUCCGUCGGACCAUCAAAACCUAUGUUCUAUCUUCUUCCAUCUGAUCGUCGAUGUGAACCUAUAUCAGCGCUUCAAAUGCUUAAUUUGGAAAACAUUGCAGAUACUGAACUUGGACUUACCGAGGAUAUGAUGACUGAGAAUGCAGGUCGUGGUAUUGCUGAAGUCGGAUUAUCGGCUGUGAAAAUUGAAGGUCGUGGCUUAACCCAAGGCAAGAAAUCCACCGUUCCCACGGUCAUAGUCUUCGCGGGCAAUAACAAAAGUGGUCUUCGAGCGGUUGCAGCCGGUCGACAUCUCCGAAACCACGGUCUCAACGUUGUAGUUUGUGUCCUUGGCCUUGAGCGUGAUUCCGAACUCUUGGUUGGACUACGUCGUCAAAUAAAAGUUUUCCGCGGUUUCGGCGGUAAGGUUUGCACCAAAGCCGAACUUCUCGAUUUCGUCAAAACUUCGAAUGCGCCUAUUGAUCUGAUAAUAGAUGGCCUUCUCGGUCUCACAAUGUCUUUUGAAGAGCUCCGAACCGGUGAUCAAGCUACGGCCUACGAACUUAUUGAAUGGGCCAAUAGAAAUAAAGCGCCAGUUCUUGCCAUCGAUGUCCCUACUGGUAUUGAUCCCACAAGCGGCAAGGUUAGCGUCAUUGAUGGGCGAAAAUUGUAUAUCUACGCGAGAUAUGUUGUUGCAAUGGGAGCACCUAAGAAAGGUCUAUUAGAAGCGAUGAUUAUGGGCGAGGGAGUUGGUAAUGAGGAGAAAAUGGGAUUAGGGAUUACGAGCUUGAAUGCGAAGGCGAGCGAGGAGUGGCAACUUUCCGUUGCGGACGUUGGGCUCGGUAUGGCCGUUUGGAAAAAAGCCGGAACGAGAGUUAGGAGGGGAGUGGAGUUUGAGGGAAGCUGGGUAUUAGGAAUGAGGUUUCAGAGCGGAGCGAGGCUUGCAUAGAUUCUGGUUUGAUUGCAGAUUUCCUUCAUUUCUUGAUGGGUUUAUAUGUUAAUGGUUCAAAAGCGUGGAUUUUGGAACGGGAAGCUGAAAUUAAUAAAUAGCAUAGCAUAGCAUGGCGUUUCAAUUGUUGCAUAUUUUUUGGUAUGGCUAGCUUCUUGGCUGGGUAUGGCUAGCUGGCUUGAUGGGAUGGGAAUGAAUUGAAAUGAAACGAAAUGGAAUAAAAUGAUGUGGUAGCGAUGCCUUGCUUGUCUAGAGACGGAACAGUAGCAUUAUGAAGGGGAAGAAACAUGGAAGAAAUAUUCGAUAUUAUUAUCGAUGAUAAUGAAUUAUAGCUUU